AUGGAUGAUGACGAUGAUUUUGACUUGCCUGUUUAUCCAGGUUUCUUGGAUUUAUUACAACAACAGCAACAACAGCCACAACAACAACAACAACAACAGUCUACAUCUUUGACUACUUAUACACCUUCAAAAACAGUAAUCAUACCAACAUCUACACCUUCACCAUCACCAUCAAAAUCAAAAUCAACACCAUCACCAUUACCAUCACCUUCAAUACCCAAGCUAUUUCCAUUGACAAAACAACUUACACCACCACCACCAUCAACGAUACUUUUGAAAAGUAAUAGUAAUGGAUCAGUUAAUAAUGACAGAUCAUCAUUGUCAAGAAGUAAUAGUGAUACUACUAUUAAUAACAGUUUUAAUAGUAGUAGUAGUUUAGGUAGUAGUUAUAAUAGUAGUUUAGAUUAUAACAGUUUUAAUAGUCAGACACAGACACAGUCGUUAUCAUUACCAUCACAAUCACAAUCACAACUUUCACGUUCAAACAGCGGCAACAAUACAAUUGGUCAUAGUCAAGCUCAAAGUAUUAGCAGGCAGACAUCAACGACAACAACAUUAUCACCAGGUAAUCACCAGUUUACUAGAAGUAAUAGUAAUGGUAGUAGCAGCAAUAGUAUUAGUAGUACUGGUAAUUAUUUAUCACCACCUCCAUCCAAUACCAUAAGUAAACCACUGCUACCACUAAAACCAGCACCUACAAGUCAACCAAUUGCCAACAACAACAACAACAAUAAUAAUAAUAAUAAUAAUAAUAAUAAUAAUAAUAAUAAUAAUAAUAACAAUAAUAACAAUAAUAACAAUAAUAACAAUAAUAACAAUAAACAUCAACUAUGUGGUAGUUCACCAAACACCAAUACUUCACCAAACAAACCAUUAAUUCCUCGUCUGCUCAAACCACCUCCAUCGUUAAUUUUAAAAACAAACCCUAAACCACCUCCAUCGUUUAAUGGUAAACAUUCAAAUACACCAAACUCUGUAAAUAAUAAUAGUAAUAGUAGUAAUUACAAUAAUAACAAUGUUACAAGCCCUUAUAAGCCAGUGUCAUUUUAUCAUGCCGGUAUGAAUCAAUCAGAAAUAGAAAAAUCGCGUAAUUUAUACAAGGCUCACCAAAAUAAUCAACAUUAUUAUAAUACCAAUUACAAUAACAAUAACAAUGAUGUUUGGAGAUCUAAUAAAUCAUUACACUCUGCUACAUUCACAGAUAACUCUGAUCAUCCAAUAAAGAAACAGAGAUGUCCAAUCGAUCAAUCAUUCGACUUUGACUCUCUAAUCACCGAUGGCGGUAAUGAUAAUAUCAUUUUAACAACUACACCAUCAAAGUCAGUUACAACAACCAACGGCAGUAAUAUUAAAACAACAAAUAAAUUAAGUGCAUAUUAUUCAGCUGGAAAUGGAAAUGGUAUGGAUCAAUCAUCAGAUUCUAAUAAUAAUAAUAAUAACAACAUCAAUGAUUAUGAUAAUGAUGAUGAGGAUUUCGAAUCAAUAAUAUUCACACCAUCUUCAUCUUUACCGCUUGAUGGUGAUGAUGAUGAUAACAAUCAAUUUAUUUCAAAACCAACAGUACCAGUACCAACAUUAACAAAUAAUAACAAUAGUUUUGAUCAAUCACCUAUUUCUACUACAACCUCAACCACCUCUACUACUUCAACAUCGACUUCUACUUCUAAUUCAACACCAAAGGCAAAAUCAGCUUCAAAUCAGAAAUCAUUCACACCAAAAACAUCUAAAACAAAGCCAAAUAUUACCUAUCAAACAGUUGUGUUAACAACUGAAAAUGUACCCAUUCCACCGGCAUAUGAAGAGGAGAAACCAUUACCUCCAGCAUUUGGUCUGUUCAAUCAUCACAAGAUACAGACCACAAAGAUAAAUACACCUCAUGGCUACAAAGAGCUCUCAGAUUCGUUCAACAUCGAACAACUUCAAUCAUUCAUAUUUGAUAACAUCGAUAGAAUCAUAUUUGUUUCAUUUGGUUUACUGAUGGACAAUGAUAAUACAAGUUUUCGAUCACACGAUAAGAAGAAAUCGAAAAAGUCAAAGGAUGACGAUGAUCAAUCGUCGACCUCAACUCCUUCGAGAGGCAGUACAAGAGGAAGAGGUAGCGCUGCCAGCUCAAGACGUAAUUCAUCGAAUGACGGUGAGUCUGACUCUUCUUCCAGUAGAACAACUCUUAAUGAACCGAUUGGAAUAUCACUUUGGAUUCCAAUGGCUGAUAAUCGUGAUUGGACCAACGGAUCGAUGUCCAUCGCCAAAUACCAUUUGUCACUGGUAAACAACUUGGGUGGUGUGCCAAACGAUAAGUUGGCGUUUAUGGUUCGGCUGUUGGAAGAUGACAACAUCAAGAAGGUGUCGUUCAAUGCGAAGGAAUCGAUUAAACCGAUGUUGUGGCUGAACCAGUGGAUGCAACCAUCGAGGUUGAUCGACCCAAAGAUUGCUGCGUGGGUACACAACACCGAAGCGGAGGAGAUGAAAGGAUUCGAACUGACAUUCCUCUAUCAUCAUCUGGUGGAGAACAAAGACUAUGAGAAACAGAUCAAUUUGCCAAUGAUUAAAGAACUGCAAUCACUCGAUAGCAACAAAGAUCUGGUGAUCAUCAACAACGACAACAACUUCUCGAUGUUCCCGAACGAUCUGAGAAACUCUUCGCUCGUCAUGAUUGCACUUGAACAGCUAUUACUUCAACUCAACCUCCAAGCGCCGUUCUAUCAAGAGAUGAGAGUUGUUCCAAUACUUUCAAAAAUGGAAUUACAUGGUAUUACUUUCAGUCCAGAAACAUUUAGAACUUGCUCUUCAAAUUUGCAAACAUAUGUGCAGAAUCUUCAGGGUAAAUGGAAUACCGAGUUCAAGAAAGACAGUGCCAAGUCGUUGUCGAGUCCUGUGCAAAUCAAGGAAUUCCUGUUGACACAGUACAAGAUUACAGUCAGUAAUACCGGCAAGCAAACUCUUGUCGAUCUGAUAAAGAAAUAUCCAGAUGUCCAGUAUAUCAAGGAUAUAUUGGAAUAUCGUCAUUGCAAUAAGAUACUGACAACCUAUGUUCAACCAUACCUCGAUAUUGUGAAAGAUGAACAAGCACCUUCCAUUCACUGUCAAUGGAUUCACACUGGUACUGCCACCGGUAGAUUAUCAUGUAAACAACCUAAUUUACAAAACCUUCCAAGAAAUGCGUUGAAUGUAAAUUAUAACGAUGAAGAUGGUGAUUCCGAAUUGGCUGAUUUCAAUAUCGACGAAGAUGAAGAUGAUAAUAUGGGUGCGAAUAAUCAAACGAUUUCGUUGAAUGUGAGAGAUGGUUUCGAAGCGAGAGAAGGUUACACUCUUAUUGGUCUGGACUAUAGUCAAAUCGAAUUAAGAAUCAUGACUCACUACUCGAAAGACCAAAAGCUGGAGGAAUACUUCAAAAACGAAGUGGAUGUUUUUAAGCAUAUGGCGCAUCACUAUCUUGGCAAACCAGUUGAUAAAGUAACACCAACAGAGAGAGAGCAAACCAAGCGAAUUAUCUAUGGUAUCAUGUAUGGUAUUGGUCCACAUUCACUCAGUCAGAUUCUCAAGGUAUCCAAAGAGCGAGCCAGUCAAUUUAUUAACGAUUUCUUAAAUAAGUUCCAAUCGAUAAGAAACUAUAUUGAGGAGGAAAAGAAGAAAAUCAGAUUAAAAAAGUUUAUAAAGACAAUUGCUGGAAGAAGAAGAUUGCUUCCACACGUCAACUCGCAGGAUCCUAACCAGUCACAUAGAGCGUUGAGACAGACUGUCAACUCAAUCAUUCAGGGUAGUGCUUCGGAUAUUAUCAAGGAAGCAAUGUUCAAUAUCCACGUUUAUUUGUCACAGUUGUCAAAGGAAUACAAAUCUCUUGAUCCACACAACGAUCCAAGACUACUGCUUCAGAUUCACGAUGAACUCAUAUAUGAGAUUCCCGACGCAAUGCUUAAUGAUAAGGAGUCAGAGGUCUGCAUAAACAUCAAACGUAUCAUGGAAUCGGUAUACCAAGAUGACUUGACCGUACCUAUUGCAGUGACAAUGUCCAAGGGUAAAUCAUGGGGUACCUUAACUUCUUUUACACCUACAACUUCCAACCCUAUAACUAUCAACUAA